UUAGAUUCAUAAUCAUAACAUUCAUACCUAUUUUUAAUAACGCAAUAGUAGGGGCCAGUUUCAAGCUGUUUGACAAUACCACCCAUUUUGAGAACGAUCAAGGAAUAUAUUACUGUGAGCGUAGUUUAUUUGACUGAUUAUAUCAGCAUAGACGUUAAUUUUGCACCAAUAUGGAGUUUGGAAACAAGUAUAUUUACUGUUCAAAUGAACAACCUGAACCUGAUAAAGAUGAUGAAGAUACAUUGGAAGAAAAUUCAUUUAUGGAUAGUGUAUAUGCAGGACUUGCUGAUGAUAGCCAGACCUGUAUGCUUGAUAUCCUAGACACAGCAGGCCAGGAGGAGUAUUCAGCGAUGAGAGAUCAGUACAUGAGAGAUGGGCAGGCUUUCCUUAUUGUGUAUUCUAUCACUUCUAAGGCCUCACUGAAAGCAGCUAAACAUAUCUAUCACUUUACCACCAAAAUAAAGAAAACAAAAUUUGUACCAGCAGUAUUGUGUGGAAAUAAGAAGGAUCUUGAACAGGAUCGUGAAGUGAGUUACCAUGAAGGAUUGGCUGUUGCCAAGCAGCUCAAGGUUCCUUUUUUGGAAACAUCUGCGAAAACUAACGAAAAUAUCCAAGAAGCGUUUCAGACACUUAUUCGUGAAACACCACGCACUGGCGUUGAGUACAAGGUGGUGAUAUUAGGUGAUGGGGGUGUUGGCAAGUCUGCUUGCACAUUACGAUUUUGCUGUGAUAGUUUUGUUGAGGACUACGAUCCAACUAUCGAGGACUCCUUCCAGAAGCAGAUAAAAGUUGCUGACAUACCGAAAGACAAAAUAGUUGGCAAACCUAAGAAAAGACCAAUAAAUGAGAAGAGACCAGAGAUGAAGGGCCCACAACCUCCAAGAUAUGCAUCAACACGUGCAGCACCUAUGUUUGAACGUUUCGAGACUUCAGACACAAAUGUUAAUGUAGUCGUCCUGGCUUUGGGAACUCUGGAGUCUGAGCCAACUAUCUUAGCUGGAGACCCAUUGCAUUGCACUAAGUGUGAUGUUGUUUUGUCACAUUUAUCUAAGCUUCAGAAGCAGGAUGAGAAGACAACUUGGAAAUGUGAAUUUUGUUCUGGUGACAACAAUGAUCUUGAUAUGGAUGAUGAAGAGAUUCCAAAAGAAAAGUCUGUGGAAUUUCUAUUGGCACCAUCCCCGUCUCUUGUCGCCUCUGGAUCGGGGAAAGCCUCAGCUGUUGAUUCCAAUGACGGAGUUAUUAUUUACUGCAUCGAUAUCAGUACAUCUAUGCAGUCAGCUACCAAAAUGCCUGAUCUUCAAGGACUUUGGAAAGAAGUAAAGUCUGGUAGUGCAAAGCAGUCUCUUGUGACCCGUAUCGAUUGCAUGCAGAUUGCUAUUGUCAGGCAACUUGAGCGUCUACAGUUGGAGAAUCCUCGAAAGCGUGUUGGUCUGGUGGCCUUCAACAACACAGUUAUAAUCUAUGGUGAUGCCAAUUCACAUGCGAGCUUCACCCAGCGCAAUGUUGAUGCACUAUCUGUACAGCAACUUCAACAACUGGGAAAGACUUUGAUGACAGAAUACAAAGACAUUGAUAAUUCUUUGAGUUCCUUGAAGUCAACUGUUGAAAACCUGAAAAUAGCUGGAUCGACAGCUCUUGGGCCCGCUUUGGCCAUGUGUGUCGGCAUGGUUUCCAAGAUACCCGGUUCUGAAAUUGUUCUUUGUACAGAUGGUAUUCCAAAUGUAGGAGUUGGUUCAUUGCAGCGCAACCAAAAAACUAAUUUCUAUAGCGAGAUUGGAAAUAUCGCUCAGCAGCAGCAGACCAAAAUCUCUAUCAUUGGAAUUGAGGUUAAGGAUAGUCAGAAUGAGAUGGAAACUGUUAGUGAGGCUGCUGCCAUUUCAGGAGGUGUCACCAACAUCUUGCACUCCACAGAAUUGACCAGGCAGCUACGAGAAAUUGCACAAAAUGUGAUAAUAGCAACUGAUGUUGAAGUGACUAUGAUCAUUCAUCGUGGUCUUGAAUUUGUGGAUGAAGAAUCAAAUGGAAAGGAUGUGAGCAAAAUACACCAAAAGAUUGGCUGUGUAACCAGUAAUACUAACUUGACGUUCAGUUUUAGAGUUCGACCAAACCAUGACAAAUUCGAUGUGACAAAGUUGCCGUUUCAGACUCAAGUGAAGUACACUAAAAAAGAUGGAAGACGGAUGAUGCGUGUCAUUAGUGAUGAACGUGACACCACCACUCAAACUAAAGUUUUUGAAGAGAAUGUUAACCCUGCUGUUGCUGGGGUUGCAGCCCUUCAAAUAUCAGCUGAUUUGGCUGUCAAGAAUAAACGUUGUCUAGCAAAAGAUCGCAUGCGAAAGACAGAUAUGUUGUUUUUGAAGCAUUCAAGAUUAAAGGGUGAUUAUGAAGAAAUUAGCAACUAUUCAAAAAAGAGAUCAGAUUUGCUGGAAAAAUUGGAACGGUCUCCAUAUGAGAUUCGGAGCAAAUCGUAUGCUGUGCCGGAUAUGGUAAACAGCUCAGCUAAGCUUGGUUUUGCACGCAAGAAAAUCGCCUCCAAGGCCGUACAAAAACAAUAUUAUGACUACAAGUCAUAAGUCAUAAAUUUCCUGUCACAUUGCCUGUUGAGUUUUGUUAGUAAAGGCUAUGUGACUUUUUUUUUUAGAAAUGUAUGUUCACUUACAUGCUAUCAUAUAUAUAUUAUUAUAUAGUAAAAGUAUCAGUGGUGUAUGGAGGGGGUAACAGGCCCCAGUUCAAGAUCAUUUCUGUGCCCUUUAGUGUACAGCCCGCGAAACGGAUACGUAGUUUCUUUCUGAUCAUCUCGCAAAUUAUUUCACGAGUCUCUGAUAGAAUGUAAUAUAACCAACAGUAGGACAAUCAUCCACCUACUUGCAAUGAAGUAAAUCUAAAAACGUAUUUAUGAAGUAUGAUCACCUGAUGUAGUUCAAAACAUGCACAAUAUAGUUGAACCAACAAAAAACCAACCAACCAACAAAGUAUCAAAACUUUGCUUGCCGAUAUGUUAAUUGCUUUAAAAAUAUGCUUUUAAAAAGUAUUGUGUAUCGUACCAUGAUACAAAUCAUACAUAAUUACAGUACCUGAAUGAAAGAAAAUAACCUUGAAUGAAUACAAAAGAUACGAAUCUGGUUUUGUUUUUUUUUGUAAACAAGUUAAAAUGUCAGCCUACUUCUUUGGUGGCACGUAAAUAGUAAAUUGUUUUAAAAUGAGUUUUUUUUUUUUUAUUUAAGGAGGAAUUUUAAAAAUUAUAUUUUUUAGAUCUAUAGACCUAUUGAACAAGCCUCAAUAGCCCCAGGCCCCAGUGUUUUGUACUGGUUGCACUGCCCAUACCUACACCACUGAAAAGUAUAUAUAUUAUGAAAUAAUAUUUUAAACUUGUUUUUAUUACUAACUGUAAUUACAGGGUAUCAAGUGUGUCAUAGGAGAAAUGAUAUGUACUGUAUAUGCACAGUAAACCUCCUUAAUAAAACAUUUUUGUUGUAGGACACAUAGCCAUUUGCUGCCCACAUUACAAUUUGAAUGUUGUUGGUUAAGGCAAUAUAUGACUUGGCUUACAGAUAUUUGCUCAUGUACCUAUAUGUUCUUUAUGAUAAUUAUAAAAAUAUAUAUGUUGUUAAGAAAUACUAUUGAAAAUAUAUUUUACAAUCCUUUUGCAAUUACAAUCUGGAAGUGUGUCAUAGAAGAAGUGAUAUUUUGUAUAACUAUAUGACUUCCAGUAAUGUACCUGAUAAACAUAAUUGUAAUUAUAUGUAUUGUAUAGUCUACAACUCAAACUAAUCAGAAAUAUUUAGUGCAAAUAUGUUAUUACAGUAAGUAGCAAAGGAAUACUUUAGAAGUAAUUGUAAGUACGUGCCUCCAAUUUAUUUUAUUUUUUCUUUUUAAUUUCUCUUAAUUUUCAUAGGGGAAAUGAUAUGUAUAUGCACAGUAAACUUCCUUAAUGAAACAUUAUUGUUGUAGGACACAUAGCCAUUUGCUGCCCACAUUACAAUUUGAAUGUUGUUGGUUGAGGCAAUAUGUGACUUGGUUUACAGAUAUUUGCUCAUGUACCUAUAUGUUCUUUAUGAUCAUUUUAAAAAUAUAUAUGUUGUUAAGAAAUACUAUUGAAAAUAUAUUUUACAAUCUUUUUGCAAUUACACUCU